UAUCACAAUUAACACUGUACGUCGUUUAUUGAGCCGCCAAGUAACGGUUGGCACUUAAAAAAACUUUAAAUUUGCGUUGUUACCAAAUAACUGAAUCUAGAAUGGCAAGUAAGCUGGCAAGCGACGACUUUGACGAGCAGUUUCUGACGUGUGCCGUCUGCAUGCUACACUACCGGGACGCCAGGAUCCUGCCAUGUCUGCACACAUUCUGUAAGCAAUGUCUGCAGGACUGGGCCGCAAAACAACAGCCACUAGAGUGUCCGACCUGCCGCAAACCGGUCAGUCUACCAGACCAAGGUGUGGACGGACUCAAGAUCAACUUCUACGUCAACAACCUGCUGGAGUUCGCGGCCGUGAAGAAAGGGGCGGAGCCAGGUGUGCCGUGUCAGGUGUGCGAGGGGAAUGUGGAGGGGUCAAAGUCUUGGUGUGCCGAUUGUGCUACCUUAAUGUGUCAGUCCUGCACGGCGGUACACCGGAAACUUCCAUCUACAAAAGACCACGAAGUUACCACCGAAGAGACACUUAGAGCAGAGAGAGGACUGACCAAGUUUCAGCGCAAACGGUACUGUAACAAACACAAGAGCCAUGAACUGGUCUUCUACUGUGAAACCUGUAACGCUUUGGUUUGUACGGCGUGUACCGUGGUCGACCACCGGCCGGGCAAAGAUCACAAUCCAGUAGAAAUCACCUCCGUCGCCCAGACGAAAAAAGAAACACUUCAAGGACUUCUCCAGGACAUAGACCCCCGUCUGAGGAAGAUUGAAGCCUCUAUUGAAGAUGUUGACAAGAAGAUGUCUAAGGUGAUUCAUUCUAAACACACGGCCACAAACCAAACCAAGGCGUACUUCCGUCAACUUGCUGACGUUAUGGAAAAGCGUGAAGAGGAGAUUUUGAGUCAGAUUGAAGAACAAUGCCAAGUCGACAGCAAAUGUCUGCAAGCAAAGAAGGAAGCUAUCGAGUUUGACUUGGCUGAACUGACGAGCGCCCAAACGUUCUGUCAACAAACUGUGGAACGCGGAAGUGACGUGCACAUUGUAGAAGUGGGAAAGCAGGUACAAACAAGGGUAGAAACCCUGCUGACAAAAGAGCUGGACCUGGAGUCCAACUGGAGCGAGUUUCAGUUCAUAGUGAACACUUCUGUUGUGGAUUUUGAGAAAGAAGCAGAAAAAUUUGGAGGCUUAGAGACAAACGUUGACGUGUCUAAGUGCAAAGUCGCUGUAAAGCCGGCAGUUGUAGGCUUUCAGUGCGUCACAGUACUGACUACAAUGAACAAAAAUGGUUCUCCGUGUGGUACAAACAACAAAGCCAUCACAGCCAACAUGGAAGACCCCUCUGGAACUGAAGUCCCCACACAACUACAGAUGAAGAGCAGGGGCGUGUGGGAAAUAUCGUACGUAACCAAGGUCACGGGCAAACACAGGUUAGAGGUCAAGGUGAACUCGCAACAGGUGGCAGGAAGUCCGUUUGAAGUUCAGGUACAGGAAAGUGACACACCUGUGUUAACUAUCGGACGGAAGGGUACUGGGGUGGGGGAACUGAAGGGGCCGAUAGAUGUCGCUGUCUAUAAGGACGGCAACAUUGUAGUGGUGGAUCACGACAACAAGCGGGUUCAGGUAUUCGAUGUAAACAACGGUCAGCCUUUGACUAGCUUUGCCGUGGGCGGUAAGAACCCUUUUGGUAUCGAUGUUGACUCAAGUGGAAGGUUUCUUGUAACGUCGUGGGGCGAAGACUGUGGAAUAAGACGUUACUCAAAGGAAUGCGAAAUUUUGAACACACUCAAGCCUGACUGUGUACGAAAUCCAGCUGGAGUUGCAGUUCUGCAUGACGGCCGCAUGGUGGUGGUGGACAACGAUCAAAACUCGUGUCUUUUGCUGCAGCCUGACGGGAGCCUCAUCCGGGAGAUCGGCAAGGGACACUUACGGGCACCGCGCUUCAUAGCAGUGGAUGAGUCACGUGAUUUGAUGUUCGUUACAGACAUAAGCGCACACAAAGUAUUUGCCUUCGGUCUUGACGGAAACUUGAUGUUUACUUUUGGUAAGGAAGGUGAGAAUGAUGGCGAGAUUAAAGGCCCAUUUGGUAUAACGCUAGACCCGGUAGACGCUGAUCGUGAGACAGCAAUGAAAGCUAUCGUAGCCCACCUGCGAGAGUUGAACCCUAACGGUCUGCUGCCUGAUGAGGACCUACAGUGGCUGUACGUGGAUACCACUGAACACGUUGGACCCAUGUGUCUGCUGCACCUGUCUCUGACUGAGUACCUGGCCUUCGUGGGUACAGAUCUGGACUUUGAGAGGUCUCCAACAAAAUAUGAGAAAAGUGGCAAAGAAAGAGAAAGCAGCAAAAGAAAGGAAGACAAAACAUCAAAGACACAAGAAGAGUGUAUGUGUGAGGAAGAAGAAUCUGAACCAAGACAAGACGAAAGGGACAAGAAGGGGAACAAGAUGAGGAAAGAUAAGACGAAGCGCAAGGAGAAAGAGUCUCAGAAGAAGGAGAAGAAAAAGAACAAGACAAAGCCAGCUGAUCAAAGCUGUUGCACUCAGAAAGACAAAAAUCCAGAAGAAAAUCUAGAAGAAACUAGGAAAGAAUUUGUCAAGCCUUGGAAAAGAGAUUCAGUAUGCCAAUACCUGAAGCACUACAUACCCAAACCUAACAGCUCACUGGAGCUUAACUGGCAUGGCUGGGCCAACACCUCAGAGACUGUGAUAGAAGGUGGAGGUGUGCAGACAAGAGUCAAACAUGAUGUAGAGUUCACUGUCAAUCUUAAACCAGGUGACACAGCGUGGGUUCUCACAAGUGAUGACCAUCUCGUUCAAUGGAGCAUGGACACGUGGAUGAUUGAGUACGGGCGCGGCUUCACCCCCAUGCCGAUCGCCUCCUCCGUCCUGAACGCUGCCCUGUACACACGAGACUGGCCAACACUCAAGUUUCUACUCAACCUGUACUACAAGGGCCUGGUCAGGGAGUUCAUGUUCCACUCUUCUAUUGUACAGGACUUUCUGGAGGAGAUGCACCAUUUACAGCCAUUCUUACAGUAAAUGGUGUCAUUCUCUCAUUCAAGUUCAAUAUUUAACAUAAGACAGUAGCUACUGAAUUUUAGGUGCCAUUGGGGUUAAAAUUAGCCUUAGGCUAAUAGAUGUUACACAAUGUAUUCCUGUCGGGCUUGUUUGACCUCCUCCCCAAGAACUUGUGACCAUUGCAAAUACCUAUAACAAUUACCUUUCCCAGAACUACCAAUAGGAGCUCAGGAUUCUUCACCACCAAGAAAAUCAGUCCAAUGGGAGCUCAGGAUUUGUUGUCUCCAUGGAAACCAGUCAUCACAGCCAGUCAUCAUAAGGUAACAGACACAUAGCAUAAAUCAACAGGAUUCGGAUGUUCCCGAUUCUCCUGACUUACAAUGUAGAGGUGUUGUCCAUGAAGCUUCUAGGGUCCUGACCAGUUGAAUGGCUGCUAGAAGUGUGAUGUAGACAGGCAAAGGUUGAAAUAUGUUCCUCAACUUGUUAGACUGUGCACUAUGGCAGCUGACUGCACGCAAUCAUGAUCUAGCUGUGUUGCGCUGGUAACAAAAUGUGUGAGUAUCAAAAACAUUACAGGUAUAAACACAAAUUAUAAUAAUUAUAAUGGUGUUGUAUACUAUGAAAA